AUGAUGCAAGAUCAAAUCGGGAUUCCCGCUUGCUUUUCGUCCAGGGAGAAUAAUAAGCUCACAUCAGAUGAUAAUCCCGCCGCAAUCACCAGUUCCGGCCAGAGCAUUUUCGUAUCGGUUUACCGGGCCAAGUUUUCAGACCAGCGGAGGCUCGUCACGGUCACGUGGUGCAAGAAUCUCCUGCUUCACGAGCUGUCCGUUUCGGUGGAUUGCAACGGCGGAGAGCGGCGGCGCACGGCGGCGUGCAAGGUGGAGCUGAAGCCGUGGUGUUUCUGGAGGAAACAGGGGUCGAAGCGCGUGGAGGUCGACGGGAAGACGGUGGAGGUUUUCUGGGACCUGAAAGCGGCGAAAUUCAACGGGGAAACGGAGCCGAGGUCGGAGUACUAUGUGGCGGUCGUGUGCGAGGACGAGGUUGUUCUUCUCCUCGGGGACAUGAAGAACGACGCGUAUAGAAAGACGGGGUGCCGGCCGGCUUUAGUGGAUCCGGUUUUGGUGUCGAGAAAAGAGCACGUUUUUGGGAAGAAAAAAUUCCAGACUAGGGUUAAGGUUGAGGAGAAAGGGAAACAUCAUGAGAUCUCGGUGGAGUGGAAAAACAGGAACGGGGAAGAUCCCGAAAUGGAGAUUAACGUGGACGACAAUUCCGUUAUUCACGUCAAACAUUUGCAGUGGAAAUUCCGAGGCAAUGAAUGCCUUGAUCUCACCGACAAGGUCAGAAUCCAGGUCUUCUGGGACGUCCACGACUGGCUAUUCUGUCCCGGUUUAAAACACGCUUUGUUCAUUUUCAAACCUGUCUUAACAUCUCCGCCCCCUUCGUCACCGUCGUUCUCCUCGUCCUCCUCCUCGACCACAUCGACGCCGUUUAUGAGUUCUUGUUACUCAUCAUCAUCAACAACAAGCAGCUCAUAUGAGUUUUGCUUGAUUUUAUAUGCUUGGAAGGGGGAAUGA